AUGGAUUCAUACCAAUCGAUGCUGAACACACGAGGAAUCUAUUCAGAGACACCCCCAGACAUUCGGACACGGUUGGAUGAUCACCCUACACUCCUGGUGAGCUGGUGGGCGACCGGAUUUUCCCUGGCUUUCAUUAUAACCCGUGUCUGUGGUCGCUAUAUACGGACUGAGCGGUUCUUCCCAGAGGACAAGAUGAUGAUGGCCAGCGUGAUUCCGCUGUUGAUACGGAUGGCACUGGUGCAUGUGGUACUGCUCUAUGGCACGAACAAUACCAAGACGGCUGGCCUGACUGAGGAGGAAAUACGCCAGAGAGAAAUUGGCAGCAGGCUGGUCCUUGCCGCCCGAAUAUUCUAUGCGAUUUUCAUUUGGAUUGCCAAAUUCACCGUGUGCGAAUUUCUGAAACGAGUUGCAGGGAUGAUCUGGCAGCGGUCGCUCCGAAUAUUUAUCAAGAUCAUCUACUAUUUCCUGGCAUCGACGUUAAUCGCAGUGCUGAUUGCGACUCUCGUUGAAUGUCAGCCUUUCGACCACUACUGGCAGGUUGUUCCGGAUCCAGGGCCGCAAUGUCGCUUGGGCUAUGCCAACCUGAUCACGAUGGGGGCAUGCGACAUCGUCACCGACCUGCUUCUAGUCGCCUAUCCCAUUCCGAUUGUCUUAAUGACGCAUAUGCCCAUGAAGCGCAAGGUGAUCCUCGCAGUGCUCUUCGCCUUGUCUCUGAUAUUGGUUGGGAUCACCUGCUAUCGCGUUCCAUCGGUGAUUUGGCAUCACGGGUCACAGCAAUACCGAUCGCUUCUCGCGUCGCUAGAGAUCCUAGCCGCGACCGCUGUCUCCAAUGCGGUCGUCAUCGGCUCAUUCGUCAGAGAUAAGGGCGUCAAGAAGGCGAAGUUCAAAAAGGCUGUUGGCUCGGCCUCGGUCAGCGAGAGUAUGGAUCACAGCUCGACGCGCCGUGCCACCAUUACCUACCACCAAUGGGGGAGCGACUCGGAUCUUGCGGGAGAUCUGGGUAUCCGACUAACUGCUGACCUUCACUCCUCAGACAACAAAGUUCCACGUCCAGCUCCAGUGGCCGUGCCAUACCAUCCCAUCACAGCGCAAAUGGGGACGCUGACCCCAAAUUGGUCGUUUGGCAACCAGCGUCACUCGAUGGGAACAGAUGACGACAUAACGUCUACCACCGGUAGCUUAGAGCUGAAGGUCAGCCCUCUUGAGUACAUUGAGACCAACAAGACCCAUCACAAAAAGUCCAACGAUGUCGCCCUCUCCUCCCCUAGCAAAGUCUCCAUCUUCGAUGUCGGCGGGCUACUGGACGACUCCCCAACGCCUGGGUCUCUCAACUCUUCUGCCGAGUCGACACGUCAUCGCGAGCUGAGCGGCUCACAACAAUAUCGCAAUGGUAGCAGAGCUUUCCUGCAGGACGUCGGGGGCUUACUCCCACCGAACACGAGAAAUGGCCGCCGACGGGGCUCGAGUGUCCACUUUAGCGACACAGCAGAUCCCCCCGUGCCUCCGUAUCACUCCCAGCAGGAUACACACGCGCCCAUUCUGGAGAGGUCCGAUGAAGUGGAGCUUCAGGAUGUCGGCGGGCUUCUCGCGAGAGACACUUGA